AUGGCGGCGAACGGAACCACGGUGAAGUGCCCGGGGCCGAUGAAGGCGACGUCGCAGGGGGCGUUCCAGGGGGAGAACCCGCUGGACUACGCGCUGCCGCUGGCCAUCGUCCAGAUCUGCCUCGUCGUCGUCGUCACCCGCGGCCUCGCCUACCUGCUCCGCCCGCUCCGCCAGCCCCGCGUCAUCGCCGAGAUCAUCGGAGGAAUUCUUCUAGGCCCAUCGGCGCUGGGGCGGAGCCACAAGUUCUUGCACGCCGUGUUCCCAGCUCAGAGCAUGACGGUGCUGGACACGCUGGCCAACAUCGGCCUGCUCUUCUUCCUGUUCCUCGUCGGCCUCGAGCUCGACAUCUCCGCCAUCCGCCGCACCGGCAAGAAGGCCCUCGCCAUCGCGCUGGCCGGCAUCAGCGCCCCGUUCGCGCUCGGCAUAGGCUCGUCGUUCGCGUUCCGUGCCACCAUCGUCAAAGGCACGCCGCAGGGGCCGUUCCUCGUCUUUAUGGGCGUGGCGCUCUCCAUCACCGCUUUCCCGGUACUGGCCCGCAUCCUGGCCGAGCUGAAGCUUCUGACAACGGACCUGGGCCGCAUGGCCAUGUCCGCCGCGGCGGUCAACGACGUCGCCGCCUGGAUACUGUUGGCGCUUGCCAUCGCCCUCUCCGGUUCCGGCUCGCCGAUCGUCUCGCUGUGGGUGCUGCUCACCGCUGUCGGAUUCGUCAUUGCCAUCUCCCUGUUCCUUCGCCCGGUGCUGGCCUGGAUGGCGCGCCGCUCUCCCGAGGGAGAGCCCGUCAAGGAGGUCUACAUCUGCGCCACCCUCGCCAUCGUCCUCGGGGCUGGUUUUGUCACCGACACCAUCGGCAUCCAUGCCCUGUUCGGUGCCUUCAUGGUGGGCAUUGUUGUCCCCAAGGACGGGCCUUUCGCCGGCGUCCUCAUCGAGAAGGUGGAGGAUCUCAUCUCGGGGCUGUUCCUCCCGCUCUACUUCGUCUCCAGCGGGCUCAAGACCGACGUGGCGACCAUCAAGGGUGCCAAGUCCUGGGGCCUGCUCGUGCUCGUCAUCGCCAACGCGUGCCUCGGCAAGAUCGGCGGCACGGUGAUCACGUCCCUGCUCGUCAAGAUCCCCGUCCGUGAAGCCAUCACGCUCGGGUUCCUCAUGAACACCAAGGGGCUCGUGGAGCUGAUCGUCCUCAACAUCGGCCGGGACCGCAAGGUGCUGAACGACGAGGCGUUCGCCAUCCUGGUGCUCAUGGCGCUGUUCACCACCUUCAUCACGACGCCCAUCGUGAUGGCUAUCUACAAGCCGGCGCGGCGGACGGUGCCGUACAAGCGCCGCACGGUGGAGUGCGCCCCGGGCGACGCGGACAGAGAGCUGCGCGUGCUGGCGUGCUUCCACACCAGCCGCCACAUCCCCACGCUGCUGAACCUGGUGGAGGCCUCCCGGGGCACAGCGCGCCGCCGCCUCACCUUGUACGCCAUGCACCUUGUGGAGCUCUCGGAGCGGUCGUCGGCCAUCAGCCUGGUGCAUCGCGCGCGCCGCGACGGGAUGCCCUUCUUCAACGGCAAGGAGCAGCGGACGGAGCAGGUGGUGGUGGCGUUCGAGGCGUUCCAGCAGCUGAGCUCCGUGCGGGUGCGCGCCAUGACGGCCAUCUCGGACCUGGACACCAUCCACCGAGACGUGAUCGACAGCGCCGCCGACAAGCGCGCGGCCAUCAUCGUGAUGCCGUACCACAAGGCGCUCCACCACGACGGCACCUUCGUGUCGCUGGGCUCGGCGUACCACGCCAUCAACAAGCGCGUGCUCCGCGAGGCGCCCUGCUCGGUGGCCAUCCUCGUGGACCGCGGCCUCGGCGGGCACGCCCAGGUGUCGGCCAAGAACGUGUCCUUCUCCGUCGCCGCGCUCUUCUUCGGCGGGCCCGACGACCGCGAGGCGCUGGCCUACGCGACGCGCAUGGCCGAGCACCCGGGCGUGGCCGUCACGCUGGCGAGGUUCCAGCCGAGCCGGCCGCAGCUGCUGGACGAGGCCGAGAGCGCGGCCGACGAGGCGGCGGUGGAGGCGUUCAAGGCCAAGGUGGGCGCGGUGAAGGACGGGUCGGUGCGGUUCGAGGAGCCCGAGGCGUACACGAGGGAGCAGGUGGUGGAGACGAUCGAGUCGCUGUCGGGAUUCAACGUGUUCGUGGUGGGUCGGAUGCCGCCGGCGGCGCCGCUGGUGGAGAAGCCCGACGAGAUGGGCCCCGUGGGGAGCUACCUGGUGUCGCCGGACUUCAGGACGUCGGCGUCCGUGCUGGUGAUCAAGAGGUACGACCCGGCGACCAACCCCAAGAGCAAGAGGUUCGACCCCAAGGCGAGGCCCCCGGUAGCGACGGAGGAGGAUACGCUGGACGAGGAGAUGGGGAUGGGCAGCUCCACCGUCGUCGUGCCCGUGAUGCAAUCGCCGAUGAGCCACAUCGCGUGA